UGCACUUCGAUAGUACUCGUAGUAUGCCCUGUAUCAUUAUAUAAGUCGCAAGUACCUACCUAUUUACGUUAUUUUUCACGACCUACGCGAUAAUUUCUAAUCAAUCGUGUGCUAAUUCGUUGUUUCGCGUUCGCGAUUUGUUUUUUGCACUAGCAAAAGAAAAUCUAACGACCUGUUUGUUGAAAUUAGUCGCUAAUUUCGAAUAAAUAAUACAGUGAAGUGAAUCGGUAUCUAAUUCGAGCAUCAUGAUGCUAAAAACAGCCAAAUACGAGUACGUUUUACUGUUAUUAAAUUUAUACUCGAAUUUCCUCCCAUCAACGACUUGUACCAAAAUAGUCACCGUCAACGAAGGAGAAGAAGCGAGUUUCGAAUGCUCUGCAGAAACCACACAAGUAUGGUGGAACAGAUACGAGUUAUAUUGCCCGGAAAUAAUUCCAUCCAGUAUGGAUUUGAUAACAAACGAUUCGAGAUUCUUUUUAAACAACAGCACCUGGCCAUAUUUCAAUCUAACAAUCGGCGAUAUUCAACACUCGGACGAAGGAAUGUACCGUUGUAUGAGUAUUUCCCCACCCUACCUUAUCAUCGCCGAAUACCUUCUGUUGGUGCGAAAUGAGCCGUCAGAUGAUAAGAAAGUAAUCAAAGAACACGGUUCGGUCGAGUUGCGAUGUUCGGCAGAAAAUGCAGAAACCGAAAUGGAAGUGAUUUGGGUGCGUAAGAAUCGCGAAACUUUCCCCUCCGGUGAACGCUAUCACGUCGGUAAUGAGUUGAAAUUUAAUAACGUCAGUAGAUUCGAUGCUGGAACGUAUCGAUGUAGUGGUUUGGUGAUUUUCAAAGAAAUCGAUUUAGCGGUGAAAUAUGCUCCGAUUAUACAUAAUCUUAGCGUGAUUACGGAGUUUGCGAAGGUUUGCCCGAUUGAGGAAGUUUACCCCGAACCACGUAUUGAAUUGGCUGUGUUUGAUAUCGCAUUCGAAUGUCUUGUCGAAGCCUACCCCGAACCGGAAGUGUUCUGGUAUAAAGACAAUACGCGAUUAAUUAAUAACAUGAACUUUAGAAUCGAACGUAGAAAAGUUAACGCUACUGUUUGGAAAUCCACGCUCAGAAUGAUAGAGUCGAACCAGGAGGUGAACAAAGGCGUUUAUAAAUGUGUAGCCAGGAACAAAGUUGCAACUGUAAGUCGAGAAGUUCCAAAGAUAUUCCAUUUGGUGUUGGAAACUCAGACUCGGCCGUUUGCAAGAUGAUUAUUAGUAUUUUCACACAUGACUGGGUGCAUUUUGUUUCGAAAUUAUUUGUAAAAUGUGUUUCAAAUUGUUUAAGUUGUUAUUUAUUAAAUUUUUUUGGAAAA